GCGGGCGCGGGGGGGGCGGAGGGCGGGCCCGGGGGGGGGGCGGGAGGCGCCCUCUUCCUGGUUGGGCCCGGCCCCGAGCAGCCACCGGGACGCCGGCCGCGGGGACCGCCGCUCCCCCGACCCCUCCCCGAGGAUGGCGGAGGAGAUCAUCACGCCCGUGUACUGCACCGGGGUGUCCGCCCAAGUGCAGAAGCAGCGCGCCAAGGAGCUGGGCCUGGGCCGGCACGAGAACGCCAUCAAGUACCUGGGCCAGGAUUACGAGCAGCUGCGAGCGCGAUGCCUGCAGAGCGGGGCCCUGUUCCGGGACGAGGCCUUCCCCCCGGUGCCCCAGAGCCUGGGCUUCAAGGAGCUGGGCCCCAACUCCUCCAAGACCUACGGCAUCAAGUGGAAGCGGCCCAUGGAGCUGCUGUCGAACCCCCAGUUUAUAGUGGAUGGAGCCACCCGCACGGACAUCUGCCAGGGAGCGCUGGGGGACUGCUGGCUCCUGGCCGCCAUCGCCUCCCUCACGCUGAAUGACACCCUCCUGCACCGAGUGGUUCCCCACGGCCAGAGCUUCCAAGAUGGCUACGCGGGCAUCUUCCAUUUCCAGCUGUGGCAGUUCGGGGAGUGGGUCGAUGUGGUUGUGGAUGACCUGCUGCCCACCAAGGACGGCAAGCUGGUGUUCGUGCACUCUGCCCAAGGCAAUGAGUUCUGGAGUGCCCUGCUUGAGAAGGCCUAUGCCAAGGUGAACGGCAGCUACGAGGCCCUGUCGGGAGGCAGCACCUCAGAGGGCUUCGAGGACUUCACGGGCGGGGUCACCGAGUGGUACGAGCUGCGCAAGGCGCCCAGCGACCUCUACCAGAUCAUCCUCAAGGCACUGGAGCGAGGCUCCCUCAUGGGCUGCUCCAUCGAUAUCUCCAGUGUCCUGGACAUGGAAGCCGUCACAUUUAAGAAGCUGGUGAAGGGCCACGCGUACUCAGUGACCGGGGCCGCGCAGGUGAACUACCGGGGCCAGAUGGUGAGCCUGAUCCGGAUGCGGAACCCCUGGGGCGAGGUGGAGUGGACGGGAGCCUGGAGUGACGGCUCCUCCGAGUGGAAUAACGUGGACCCCUAUGAACGGGAGCGGCUGAGGAUCAAGAUGGAAGAUGGGGAGUUCUGGAUGUCCUUCCGAGAUUUCCUGCGGGAGUUCACCCGCCUGGAGAUCUGCAACCUGACGCCGGACGCCCUCAAGAGCCGGACCAUCCGGAACUGGAACACCACGCUGUACGAGGGCACGUGGCGGCGGGGGAGCACCGCGGGCGGCUGCCGGAACUACCCAGCCACCUUCUGGGUGAACCCCCAGUUCAAGAUACAGCUGGAGGAGGUGGAUGACGACGACGACUACGGGAGUCGAGAGUCCGGCUGCAGCUUCGUGCUGGCUCUCAUGCAGAAGCACCGCCGGCGCGAGCGCCGCUACGGCCGCGACAUGGAGACCAUCGGCUUCGCCGUCUAUGAGGUCCCCCCGGAGCUGGUGGGCCAGCCGGCCGUGCACUUGAAGCGAGACUUCUUCCUGGCCAACUCGUCCCGGGCGCGCUCGGAGCAGUUCAUCAACCUGCGGGAGGUCAGCACCCGCUUCCGCCUGCCCCCCGGGGAGUACGUGGUGGUGCCCUCCACCUUCGAGCCCAACAAGGAGGGCGACUUCGUGCUGCGCUUCUUCUCGGAGAAGAGUGCCGGGACCCAGGAGCUGGAUGACCAGGUCCAGGCCAACCUUCCUGAUGAGCAAGUGCUCUCUGAAGAGGAGAUCGAUGAGAACUUCAAGGCGCUGUUCAGGCAGCUGGCGGGGGAGGACCUGGAGAUCAGCGUCAAGGAGCUGCAGACCAUCCUCAACAGAAUCAUCAGCAAACACAAAGACCUGCGGACUAAAGGCUUCAGCCUGGAGUCGUGCCGCAGCAUGGUGAACCUCAUGGACCGCGACGGCAACGGGAAGCUGGGCCUGGUCGAGUUCAACAUCCUGUGGAACCGCAUCCGGAAUUACCUGUCCAUCUUCCGGAAGUUCGACCUGGACAAGUCGGGGAGCAUGAGUGCCUACGAGAUGCGGAUGGCCAUCGAGUCUGCCGGCUUCAAGCUCAACAAGAAGCUGUACGAGCUCAUCAUCACCCGCUACUCGGAGCCCGACCUGGCUGUUGACUUCGACAACUUCGUGUGCUGCCUGGUGCGGCUGGAGACCAUGUUCCGGUUCUUCAAAACUCUGGACACAGAUCUGGAUGGAGUCGUGACUUUCGACCUGUUUAAGUGGUUACAGCUGACCAUGUUUGCAUGAGGCGGGACUUGGUCCCCCCCUUGCUGCACCCCUCAUUUCCUCGUCUGCCAAGCCACAACUUCCUGCCAAGCCACGCCAGGCCACAGCAGCUGCAAGUGCCUUCCUUGGAGCGAGAAGGCGCCCCCUGCUGCCCGGGCCCGUCCCCUGCGCUGCCCGGGCCUCCCCUGCGCUGCCCGGGCCUCCUCUGCGCUGCCCGGGCCUCCCCUGCGCUGCCCGGGCCUCCCCUGUGCUGCCCGGGCCUCCCCUGCGCUGCCCGGGCCUCCUCUGCGCUGCCCGGGCCUCCUCUGCGCUGCCCGGGCCUCCCCUGCGCUGCCCGGGCCUCCCCUGCGCUGCCCGGGCCUCCCCUGCGCUGCCCGGGCCUCCCCUGCGCUGCCCGGGCCCCCUCUGCGCUGCCCCCAUCACGCGCUCCCGGCCCAGCUGCGCGGCCCGCGCUGCCUCUCCCGUCAUAGGCUCCGGACGGGCUCACGGCGGGCCAAACCAGGAGGGCAGAUCUCCACUUGUUCCUGCUUCAGGCCUUCUUGGGUGGGGAUGGGGGCUCACAGGCCCCUCUCCAAACAUCUUUAUCCACCCUCCCUCCAAAGGUCCCCCCCCCCGCCCACACUCCCCACUGGCCUCACCUGCAGAUUUGAUAACCACUAGCUCCGCACAUUCUGCUCCAGGUGUGCGAGCCCCCCUUCUGCUCUGGGGGAGCCCCCGCGGGGGGCUGAUUGCCUGUGCCUUCCUAUGCAGAAGCCAGCACCCACCCUGCUGCGCAGCCCCGCGCUGCUCCGGCAGUGUCUCCUCCUCCGCUCCCCCCUUUUUUUAUAUAUUGGUGAUUUUAAAGGGGACUCUUUGGGGACUGGGAUACAGGCUACGCGGUGCCAGAGGAACUAGGGGUGGGGUAGGGAGGUCCCAAGUUUCCAUGCCAUGGAGCCCCAAAUAAUAAUAAAGGAGAAAGGCCUCA